GGCAUUGCUUGUUGUCCCAUUAUGCACGUAACACAUUUAGUCUGAUAUUUUUGAUAAUUAUUUUGACAUUCGGACGGUUUGGCCGAGAAAUUUCGUGCACGAUGGACAGCAGAACGAAAAAGAGAGUCAAGGAGGUCAAAAAGAAGGCCCGGCCAGAGCUGAACCACAAGGAUUCGUGGACGGAGCAGGGCUACGCGAAGAGGUUCGAGGAGUACACGGUGGUGCAGGACAACGUCGAGCGGAUCCACCACCAAGACUUCAGCCCUCAGGAGUUCAUCGACAAGUACGAGAAAGUGUACAAACCGGUCGUCAUCUGUGGCCUUACCGAUCCCUGGAAAGCCAAACACAAGUGGACCUUAGAGAAACUAGCCAAAAAGUACAGAAACCAAAAGUUUAAAUGCGGCGAGGACAACGAGGGCUACAGCGUCAAGAUGAAGAUGAAGUACUACAUCAAGUACAUGGAGGGCACUGACGACGACAGCCCUCUCUACAUCUUCGACAGCAGCUUCGGCGACCACCCGAGGCGGAAGAAGCUGCUGAACGACUACGAGGUUCCCUUUUACUUCACCGACGAUCUCUUCCACAUGGUGGGUGAACGCAGGCGGCCGCCGUACCGCUGGUUCGUGAUGGGGCCCGGCCGCAGUGGCACCGGAAUCCACAUCGACCCCCUCGGCACCAGCGCCUGGAACUCGCUCCUUGACGGACACAAAAGGUGGUGUCUGUUUCCGACGCACACACCUCGGGACUUGAUCAAACCUACCUCGGCCGAGGGCGGCAAGCAGCGUGACGAGGCCAUCACGUGGUUCAGAACCAUCUACCCCCGCACACAGCAACCCUCGUGGCCCCAAGAUUGCAAACCCCUGGAAAUUCUGCAGAAGCCGGGAGAGACUGUUUUUGUGCCGGGCGGGUGGUGGCACGUGGUGCUCAACCUGGACGUGACCAUUGCUGUGACCCAGAACUUCUGCAGUGUGACCAACUUCCCCAUCGUGUGGCACAAGACUGUCCGCGGAAGACCAAAGCUGUCCAAAAAGUGGCUCAAGGUGCUUCGAGCUCAACGGCCGGACUUGGCCGCGGUGGCUGAGAAGGUGAAUCUUGAGCAGGCGUCCGGCUUGGCCUCGGACAGUUCGAGCUGCUCGUCAUCCUCUUCUUCUUCCUCCUCCGACAGUUCCUCCAGCUCAGAGUCCAGCGACAACGAGGACAGCGGCCAAGAAUCGCUUCACAAGCACAAAAAGAGGUGCAAGAGAGGAAAUUCGCCCAAGUGAGUUUUGCAUUUAUAGUGACUUUGUGACGGACGAUCAAAGCAAGUGCCUUAAUUGCUAAUGCUGCUGAUAUUCCAUAAUCGUGUGAUCUACAAUAAUUAUACCUUGAAAAGGCACUAAGUUUGUAAAAGGUGAAUUAAAACCACGUUGUGAAAAUCUAAAGU